AUAAGAACAGAUGGUUAUGGUCUUUUUGAUGAUUAAACUACUAUAACGUUAUAACUGAAUUAAUAUAAAUUACAAAAAUCUUGAUAUUCAAACUACUGUGCAAUGGGAACAAUGUUGUUUUUGUCACACAAAAAAUCUAAUUCUGUCUUAUACUGAAAUACAGUUAAUGAAAAUGAAUGGGGGCAAAGACUAUUAGUCACCAAUUUUAAGCUGAUCCUUCAUUUGUAAACAACACCAUACAGGUUUGAAACAAAAUAAAAGUGAUGAAGGAUUGUGUGUUUUGAAUUUAAUUUUACUUAAGUACAUCGUGAGUGUGAUUCAGAUGCAAUCACCUGUUUUAUUGUUUAAUCAAAUAGGCCAUAUAAAAAGCACUUUAGAUGAGCAUCAGAUAUCAAAGUACUACAGGGUGUCCAUAGGGAAGGUACUAUAAGGUCACUUGCCCAUGGAUUCUCCAUUGUUUGGUCACACGGACAGUACCUUGGAUUAAGUUCUGGGUUAAGAAUGUAGAAGGUUGGCACAACAGCAUCGCAAAGGAAGAACCAUGCUACACUAUCACCUUUAACUCAUUCCCCGCCAGACAUUUAAAAAAAAAGUUGCCAGCCUACGGCAGACUUUUUUAACAUUUUCACCAAACUUUAAAGGCUCACAGUACAUUUUCUGUAAAUAAUAUAUGGACAAACAAUAUGUCAAAUGAAAGAACAGAGUCUCAGCUUUUAAACAAAAGAAACCGUAUUCUUCUAUCUUCAUUUGUUCGUUUUUUAUCACUCAGUAGAUGUGGGUAAGGUUUCUUCAAAAAUGCAUUUGAUUAAACAGCUGAGAUAAUUAAAGUUUUUAGUCAAAGAUUCUGCCCAGAUUACACUCAGAACAAUAAUUAAAAAUCGCUAAAACAUAUACGUUCUAGGUUCUGGGAUUCUGUACUUUUUCCCAAAGGUGUGUAACAGCGCCACCUGCUGUACAACAGUACAAACACUGAUUGCCGUAAUAACUCGUCUUUGGCGUAAUGACGAGACGUCAAUGGCGGUGAAAGAGUUAAGAAAUUUCUUCAUUUGUGUAAUAGAAUAAUUCUAGUACUAGUACUGUGUAAUAGAAUAAUUCUAGUAAUUCUAGUACAUUGGCAAGACACCCAACAACUGCUCAGCCAAAUUCAAGAAAAUCUAACAGUGAGUACAAGAUAAAAGAAUUUUUGAGUAAACAAUUACAGUAACACAAAUUAGCACCUCAGCAAACCCUAUGGAGCAGUUUCCCAGCCAGGGCUUAAGACUAGUCCUAGACAAAUUUAAAUGUUAGCGGUGUCUUGAUCGAAAUCAACAUGCACUGAAAUUUCUUAAAAUAUAUCAGUGUGAUUGUUUUGUUUAAACUGCAUUUUACAUUUACAUUUAUGCAUUUGGAAGAUGCUUUUAUCCAAAGUAACUUACAUUGCAUUAUUCUAUACAUUUGUUUUUAUGUGGAAUUCCCUGGGAUACAACCCACACAGUUAUGUUUGUUUGUAAAGUAUGCUUUUAAAAACAACUUUUAUAUCGUAAUUUAACCUAUUUUCUGGCAUCGGCCCGCAGACGGGCCGUCAUGGCGUUUGUGGGCGUGUCUACGUUUUUUAUUUUACUUUGUUUUACAUUAAUUUUCGAUCAACUAUCAUAAACUAUGCAUCAUUUUAAAGCUAAAACACUCAAGAUUCGUGUUCUGAACUUGUUUUUGUAAUCAAAACACCAGAGAGGAAAGGGUUAAAUAAAAAGUGGAAGGACCGGCCUUUCAAACAUAAACAAAAUAAACGGCACUACUUAUCUUUCAACUCCUUUGGUUCGGAUCAGUUCGGACGAAUCCAAAAAAAAACACCAUACAUCUCCUUAUAAGGGUCGUCUUUGAAUGUGCAUACCACUGUUUCAUCCAAAACAAUGAACAAAUUGAAAAAAACUCAAAAGAUUCCACUUUGUUUGCAUACGCGUUUCGAGUCAACGUCCAUUUUCGUAUAAAUAUUGAUUUUGAUCCGUUCAAAAUCAUUUUUUUCUCGUAAUCUACUAUCUUCUGAACAAAAUACGCCCAUUCACGUCUCUUUUCUUCAAUCACAGACUUUGCGAUCAUUCAAAACACCCAGGGUGCCUUACCGGCCCACAGAGGUGUCAGUCAGGCCACCUUGGUUUUUGACUGGGUAAACCCAUCCAAUGCCUGGCCAGAAAAGUUUUGACGAAUGGGUGUAAUAUCCAACUAUUUGGGGAUUACAAUGAUUGGCCAUUUGUGAAGUUUACGUAAACAGAUUUGGAGAAUAUCACGUGCGCAAACAUACCGUGCAUCGGUGCGCUACCACCGUGCAUCGGUGCGCUCACAGCGCUAUCGCCAUUUUAGGCCCGCUAGUACAGAGAACAACAUCGCUUCGCUGCACGGAGCACAUUUUAGUGAACGGAUUUCUUCAAAGUCUACACCUGAACCUCUCAACCAUGGAUCGUCGACCACAGACGAUGUAUUUUGAUGUUGAAAGUGCUUUGGAGGAGAUCAUGAGGAGCAGCGACGAAGAGCAGCAGAAGGAAGCGGAGACAUGCGUCUCCGACAGAGAUAGUUCGGGGUCGAGCGUCGAUUCCCUAGAAGACGCCAUGUUUGGUGAUGGACUUGAUCCCGUGUUAGAUCGGCCUUCAAAUGACACAGAUGAGGACUGGUGUCCAGAGUCUAGUGCUGAGCUCCGGAAGAGAUCACGGCAGCCAUCGUCAUCAUCUGGAACUACAUCAUCUGCAUCUCCAUCUGCUGCAGCUGCAAAUGGUACAGGUAAAGGGAGGACGAGAGGGGGGCGGGAGAGAGGGGGGCGGGCGAGAGGGAGGAGGGCGAGAGGAGGGCGGGCGAGAGGGGGGAGAGGGAGAUGGAGCCAGUCAGUGCAUGCUUUGUCCCCCAGCACCUCACAGGAGAAAUGGCACAACGUGGAUGAGGAUGAUAAAGAGCCUCCCCAACCUGUGUUUAGGCCUGCUCGUACUCCUGGGCCACAGCUGCUAUUUACUGCAUCAUACACAGCACUGCAGUUGUUUCAGCUGUUCUUUUCUACAUCUGUGCUGCAGACCCUCAUUCACAACACGAAUGCCUAUGGUGCUAAACUGAAUCAGGGAAGAGACAAGCCAUGGCAUAACAUCUCCGGGGAAGAUUUUAAGUCUUACUUGGCGCUUGUUGUAUACAUGGGUCUUGUUAAGGUCUUUACCUUGACUGAUUAUUGGAGGAGGUCCACGAUAUACAGUCUUCCCUUUCCUGCUCAGAUCAUGUCCUGCAGGAAGUUUCUGACCAUCACAUCUGCUCUUCAUCUUAGCGAUCCUCAGGAUGAUGAAGAAAAUGAAGAGAGGAAGGGUACAUCAGCCUACGACCGCUUGGGGAAGAUCAAGCCUCUCUAUAACAACAUUAGGGAUGCCUGCAAGACUUUCUUUCAUCCACAUCAAAACAUCUCCAUAGAUGAGAGGAUGGUGGCAUCCAAGGCAAGGUCUGUACUCAAGCAGUACAUGAAGAACAAACCCACCAAAUGGGGUUACAAGCUUUUUGUUUUGGCAGACUCCCUGUGUGGCUAUACUUGUGAGUUCUUCGUGUAUGAGGGCAAGUCAAUGCAGUCUCGGAAUGGGCUGAGCUAUGAUUCAGUUAUGGCACUUGUGGAUGAAAAAAGGUUGGGCGCUGGUUACAAGUUGUAUGUUGACAACUUUUACACCAGCCCCAUUCUUUUCAGAGACCUCCUCUCUAAGAAGAUUUGGGCAUGUGGCACCAUACGUCCGAACAGGAUCGGUUUCCCAAAGACCAUCAGAAACCGACUGCCACGGAAUGCUUCACGAGGGUCCAUUAGAUGGCUUAGAGAAGAUGAGCUGCUGUUUGUGGAAUGGAAAGACACCCGGGAAGUGCUGAUGUGCUCCACUUUCCACAAAGCAUAUGAAGGUGACACAGUGAAAAGGAGGGUGAAGGCUAACGAUGGGCAGUGGUCUCAAGUGCAUGUGCCUAUUCCCGGUGCAGUGCUGGAUUACAACAGGUUCAUGGGGGGAGUGGACCUGUCUGAUGCCCUCAUUGGAUACUACAAAGUGCUCCACAAGACACGGAAGUGGUACCGUACGUUCUUCUAUCACUUUGUCGAUAUUGCUGUUGUCAACGCUUUCAUUUUGCAUCAGCAUCUGGCCAGAGCAAGGAACGAAAAACCCUUGACACAGAAAGCAUUUAGGGAAACGCUCGUUCUGGAACUUGCAGGCUUGAAAUCACGCACUGCUGCCCCUCAGACAUCUGAUGUUGGUCGCCACAACCCAAAACACAUCACGGACGACACCACUUCUGGACGACGAAAGUGCAGACUGUGUCAUCAGAAGACACCAGUGAUGUGUGCAACAUGUGAGGUGCCACUGUGUUUUUUGCCUAAACGGGACUGUUUCAAUGACUGGCAUGUGCAGACUGGAAAAUACUAACCAUCAUUGUUUGAAUGAUUCUUUUAUUUUUACAUUGUUCAGUUUAUUCAAAACUAAUACUUGUUCCAGAAAUGUUUCCUAGUUUAGGUCAGAGCCUUGCAUAAUUUCCAGUUCCGAGGAGGAAUGUGAAGGGAUAGAAGCAAUCGCUUCUUGAGACGGUAAUGGUCGAGUACGCACUCACACGCACACUUAGAUGACUUGUAAAUUUUCAUCCUGUUUGUGAGCUAUUGUGUUUCCAUUAUUCCAAAAUAAAAUGUUUAUAGAUUUAAUCUGUUAGGACUUUGUUGUUGGUUUUGGUUGUUUGCUCUCGCUCUCUUUUUCCCUCUGUCUCCCUCUUUUGCAGUAUGAGUCCUUGGCCUUACUGAAUCAAAUGUGACAUGCUGGUGUGAGGCAGUACACUCUGUAAUGGCUUGGGUUUCCAGUUUGUUAGAGAAGAAACCUCCUUAGUGACUGCCUUGAUCAACAUGUCUCCCUGCACUUUGUAAAUACUGUUGCAGAAUAACAGCUAAUAUUAAUGGAUCAUUCUAUUCAAGAGAAUGUCAACUGGAACGUGGAUGUUUUCAUAACAGGCUUAAAGAUGAACAAAUUGAUAAAGAAACCCUCCUGCUGGACAUCCACUUCCAAAAGUGCACACCACACUGUUGUCUACAACUCCCAGGAAAAGAAUCCUCUUCAGUAAGACUGCUCCGUGGAUAUGUCAGGUUAAGCAGUGCUGAAACCGAAAGAACUAACACUAUUUAAAAUGUUUUGUGAGUUUAUAUGAAGAGGAAAGUUACGGUGUCCCUUUUUCACAUCCAUAACGCUUGUUUAUUUCUUUUUUUAUAGAAAACUUGUGCAUAGACUUAUAUUUUAACAUAUAAAUGCGGUUCUAUUAACAAGGGUUUAGUAAAAUACUUUUUAUAGCGUUUUGAAGUGUUAAGUUGUCUAACUAUUUAUAUUUACUUGUGCCACUUUAAUAACCUUGUUAAAUGUUUAUGUUAAAAUCUAAACUAAUGUAAUUUAUUGAAAUUAAUGUUCUUUAAAUAUGUAUAAACAUACAUUUCAUCAAAGUGUUUUAUAUGCCAUUUUAUUGUUCAUUGAGCAUAACAUAUUGCAUGUUUUUAUGAAUUCCUUUUGUCUUGCAUUUUGAUCCUUAAUAAAACUAUUGAUUCUUA